AUGGAAAUACACUGUAAGCACGACCCGUUUGCAGCAAUGCAUAGACAUGGAGGAGUGAAUCAGUUAGGGGGUGUUUUUGUGAAUGGUCGUCCACUCCCUGAUGUUGUCCGCCAAAGGAUUGUGGAACUUGCCCACCAAGGUGUCAGGCCGUGUGACAUCUCCAGGCAGCUACGGGUCAGCCAUGGUUGUGUCAGCAAAAUUCUUGGCAGGUACUAUGAGACUGGGAGCAUUAAGCCUGGAGUGAUUGGAGGAUCCAAACCAAAGGUCGCCACACCCAAAGUUGUCGAAAAAAUUGCAGAGUAUAAACGCCAAAAUCCCACCAUGUUUGCCUGGGAGAUCAGGGACAGGCUUCUAGCCGAGCGAGUGUGUGACAACGACACCGUACCCAGCGUCAGCUCGAUUAACAGGAUCAUACGGACUAAGGUACAGCAACCACCCAACCAGCAGGUCCCAGCCUCUAGUCACAGCAUAGCCUCCACGGGGUCCGUGACCCAAGUCUCGACAGUGAGCACUGACUCCGCAGGCUCCUCCUACUCCAUUAGUGGAAUUCUGGGAAUUACAUCCCCCAGUGCUGAAAGCAACAAACGCAAACGCGAUGAAGGUAUUCAGGAAUCUCCAGUACCAAAUGGCCAUUCCCUCCCGGGUAGAGAUUUCCUUCGGAAACAGAUGCGAGGAGAUCUUUUCACCCAGCAGCAGUUAGAAGUGUUGGAUCGAGUCUUCGAGAGGCAACAUUAUUCUGACAUCUUCACAACAACUGAACCCAUCAAACCAGAGCAGUGGUGCUCCAUGCUGAUGAGACAAUACUUGGUGCAACCCCAGGCAGUCAUUUUUCAGACGACAGAAUAUUCAGCCAUGGCAUCAUUAGCUGGUGGAUUAGAUGAUAUGAAGGCCAAUUUAACAAGCCCUACUUCCGCAGAAUUAGGAGCUAGUGUUCCAGGACCACAAUCCUACCCUAUCGUGACAGGUCGUGAAUUGGCAAGCACAACCCUCCCAGGAUACCCUCCUCACGUCCCCCCUGCUGGACAGGGCAGCUACUCUGCUCCAACACUGACAGGAAUGGUGCCUGGGAGCGAGUUUUCUGGAAGUCCAUACAGCCACCCACAAUAUUCAACAUACAAUGACUCCUGGAGAUUUCCCAACCCUGGAUUGCUAGGCUCUCCUUAUUAUUACAGUGCUGCAGCCCGAGGAGCAGCACCCCCAGCAGCUGCUGCUGCCUAUGACCGCCACUGACCCAAGGAGUCUGGAACUCCAGCACUUACUAAACAUAUCAUCCUGGCUGACGGCAUCCGAUUCACCAUGAAAUAACCAUGCAAAUCAGACUGCAAGGAAGGAAGACAAAAGUAUCCAGUAGGAACCCGCUGGCUGAAAUUUUACUCUUUAAACUGGGUGAACUAAUUAUUAUUAUUUUUUAAAUCCAUGAAAUUCUGGCGAUAUUAACUGGGCUCUCAUACAAAACAAAGAAAUGGGAGAAACCAGUUCUGCUGCCGUUCCAUCUGAUUUGAAAGGUGCAGUAGCUGCAUCCUACACACAGCCUACUGAUCUCCCUGCCUCUGGUUCUCUCAGCUGUGCC